AUGGCAUCCACGCAAUUUUCGUACUCAAGUGCGCGCCUGCGUCGCGUCAAGUACCUACAGUUUGGCGUGUUUAGCCCUGAAGAGAUUCGUGCCAUGUCCGUUACGAAGCAGACAAAGGUCAACGACCGCAUUAUUCCUGACGGAAUUUCACGUCCAGAAACAUAUUUAAAUGGACAUCCUGUUAUUGGUGGCAUUGGAGACCCACGAAUGGGCACGUGUGACUUUCGUGCACGCUGCAAGACUUGCGAUUGCACUUACAGCGGCAGCGGUGGGAAAGUAAACGACUGUCCUGGCCACUUUGGCCAUAUUGAGCUGGCUCGUCCCAUGUACCACAUGGGUUUUAUCAAGGAAGUACUAAAGAUCUUGCGUUCAGUGUGUUUUCACUGCUCUAAAGUACUGAGCGAUGAGCGUGAUCAUCGUUUUCGGUCUGCUAUGAAGAUCAAGAACGGCAAACGUCGACUGAAGGCCGUGUACGAGAUCUGCAGUAACAAGAGUAUGUGUGAGUACGGUGAGGAGGCAGAUAUGGAGAAAAUGCGUGAGGAUUUGAAUAUUGGUCUACAAGGCGGACUGGACGAUAAGUCCAAGCCAAAAGAGGGUGGCCACGGAGGUUGUGGCGGUCUUCAGCCAAAAUAUCGCAAACAGGGCAUUAAGCUACUGGUAGAGUUUCCCGAACAGAUGGAAGAUGUACCUGGAUCUGGAGAUCGCAAGCAGAACCUGCCUGCGGCAAAGGUGAUGUCUAUUUUUAGAAACAUCACGGACGAGGACUGUUAUUCUCUUGGACUGAACCCACGUUGGGCUCGUCCAGACUGGCUCAUCAUGACGCUCAUGCCGGUGCCGCCGCCUCACGUCCGCCCUUCCGUGGCUAUUGACGGCAUGGCGCGUGGUGAAGAUGAUCUUACCCACAAUCUGGCUUCGAUAGUUAAGGCGAACUUGGCUCUGCUGAAUUGCGUGCGCAAAGGUGAGCCAUCGCACAUUAUUGAGCAGUUUGAGCAACUGUUGCAGUUCCAUCUGGCAACGUUUCUUAACAACGAGCAGCCUGGACUUCCACAAGCCCAACAGCGGUCCGGCAAACCCCUGAAAACGUUGCGGCAACGCCUGCGUGGCAAAGAGGGUCGUAUCCGUGGAAACUUGAUGGGUAAGCGUGUGGACUUUUCGGCGCGUACGGUUAUCACCGCUGACCCGAACAUUGCUAUCGAUCAAGUCGGCGUUCCACGGUCGAUUGCAAUGAACUUGACUGUACCAGAACGCGUCACACCGUUUAACAUGAAUUACAUGCACCAGCUGAUUGCAAAUGGUCCGUUGGAGCACCCAGGUGCAAAGUACAUUAUCCGUGAGGAUGGGAAUCGUAUUGACUUGCGCUACAUCAAAAACAAGUCGGAUCUUGCCCUCAAGUGUGGUUGGAUCGUGGAGCGUCAUCUUCGCGACGACGAUUUGGUGCUGUUUAACCGUCAGCCUUCUUUGCACAAAAUGUCCAUUAUGUCGCAUCGCGUGAAAGUGUUUGACUGGUCGACGUUUCGUUUGAAUCUUUCUGUGACAUCUCCGUACAACGCAGAUUUUGAUGGUGAUGAGAUGAACUUGCACGUGCCUCAGUCUAUGACUGCACGUGCUGAUGCACAAGAACUGAUGAUGGUGCACAAGGUAAUAAUCACGCCCCAAAGUAAUCGUCCAGUAAUGGGUAUCGUACAAGAUUCUUUGCUGGGUGCACAAAAGUUUACGAAGCGAGAUAUCUUUUUGGUCAAGGACUGGGUUAUGAACAUGUUGAUGUGGGUGUCUAACUGGGAUGGCAAGGUGCCAACUCCAGCCAUUUUAGUGCCAAAGAAAGGCGAAUUGGGCAAGUACACUCCAAUUUGGACUGGCAAACAACUUUUUUCCACGAUCAUCCCAGCGAUCAACUUUACUGGCUUUUCGUCUACACACAAGAGUAGUGAGAAAUUUUCGGAACUGUCUCCUAUUGAUUCUCGCGUCAUCAUUCAACAGGGCGAGCUGCUUGCUGGCAUUAUUGACAAGAAGAUUAUAGGCUCAUCAGCUGGUGGUUUGAUUCAUAUCACAAUGCUUGAAAAGGGUCCUGAAGAAACGAAACGUCUACUUGGUGCUAUCCAGCAACUCGUGAACAGCUGGCUGGUUGGCCGUAGUUUCACUGUCGGUGUGAGUGACACAAUUGCCGAUGUGUCUACUCUGAAGACCAUUGUCGAUAUUAUUACGCAAGCCAAGGUGCAAGUGCAUGAUCUGGUAGUGCGUGGACAAAAGGGUAAAUUGGAGACCCAGCCUGGUCGAACCAUGGUUGAGUCGUUUGAAGGUCUGGUAAACAUUGUGUUGAAUACUGCUCGUGAUCAGGCUGGUCGUGAAGCGCAGGGCAGUCUCGACGAGACAAACAACAUUAAGGCUACGGUGACCUCCGGUUCUAAGGGUUCGUUUAUCAACAUUUCGCAGAUUAUUGCGUGUGUAGGUCAGCAGAAUGUCGAAGGAAAGCGUAUUCCGUAUGGUUUUAGCCAUCGUACGCUGCCACACUAUGGCAAGGACGAUCUAGGUCCAGAGAGCCGUGGUUUCGUGGAAAAUUCGUAUUUGAAGGGUCUGACACCACAGGAGUUCUUUUUUCACGCUAUGGGUGGUCGUGAAGGUUUGAUUGAUACUGCUGUAAAGACUGCCGAGACUGGUUACAUUCAGCGGCGACUUGUGAAGGCGAUGGAGUCGGUAAUGACACGAUAUGAUGGCACAGUACGUAACGCCCAGGGUGAAAUUAUUCAGUUUUUGUACGGUGAGGACGGUAUGGAUGCCGUUUGGGUCGAGAAACAACGAUUUGAGUCGCACAAACUGAAUAAGGUUCAGUUUGAGAAGAAAUACUUAUUUGAUCCAUCUGAUGAAGACCUAGGAUGCGUGCCAAACUGCCCUGAUCAGUUGUACCUCGAGCCUGAUAUUAUCAAGGACAUCCGGACGAACCAGCGAACACAGCAGCUAUUGCGAGAAGAGCUGGUUCAGUUACAAAAGGACCGUGUGAAUCUUCGUGUGAUUUUGGCAAGUCGUGGUCAAGGACAAGAAUCCGAUAAUGCUGCCCAAAUUCCUGUGAAUAUUCGUCGUCUUGUGGAAAAUGCACAGCAGCUGUUUAGCAUUGACAUGCGGAAGCCUUCGAGCCUUCACCCGUCCCGCAUUAUCGAGGGGGUGAAGGAAUUAUGCAAGAAGAUUAUUGUUGUUCAGGGUGAUGAUCGACUGAGUGUUGAGGCCCAGGAGAAUGCAACGCUAUUUUUCCAGAUUUUAUUGCGGUCAACGCUUGCGUCCAAGUGCGUUACGCUCGAGCAUCGCUUGACAGAGACAGCGUUUGAGUGGCUUAUGGGUGAAAUAGAAUCUAAAUUUACAAGUGCGCUCGUGUCUGCCGGUGAAAUGGCAGGUGUUGUAGGUGCGCAGUCCAUUGGAGAACCGGCAACGCAGAUGACACUGAACACGUUCCACUACGCCGGUGUGUCUGCUAAAAAUGUGACACUUGGUGUACCUCGCCUGAAAGAAAUCAUGAACAUUGCAAAGGAAGUACGGACUCCAUCAUUACGUAUAUUCUUGACACCAGAUUGUGCACACGAUGCUGAUAAGGCAAAGUUUAUCCAGUCGCAACUAGAAUACACGACCUUGGCUGAUGUGACAGCAAACACUUCUAUUUACUACGAUCCGGACCCGAUGAAUACGGUAGUCGAGGAGGAUCAGGAGUUUGUGGCUUCGUAUUAUGAAAUGCCCGAUGAAGACACUCCGAUCGCUCGUUCCCCAUGGCUUUUGCGUAUCGAGUUGAAUCCAAAGAUGAUGGCCGACAAAAAGUUGACAAUGGGUGAAAUUGCUUCACAAGUAGAAUCCGAAUACGGUCAAGAUCUUUCGUGUAUUUUUACUGACGAUAACGCUGAUCGUUUGGUGCUGCGCAUUCGUAUUAUGAGUGACGAAGAGGAGAAAUUACAACGAUCAGGCGAGGCUACAGUUGGACAGGAGGAUGAUACGUUUCUGAAGCGUGUGGAGCACAACAUGCUUACGCAGAUGAAGUUGCGCGGUAUUGAGGGUGUGAGAAAGGUAUACAUUCGUGAAGGACCGUCAACACAUUGGUUCGACGAUGUUGGUUUCAAGAUGAUGAAUGAGUGGAUGCUGGAUACGGAUGGUACGAACCUUCUUGAUGUUAUGUGCUACCCACAGGUCGACUCGACCCGGACAAUUUCGAAUGAUAUUGUAGAAAUCAUUCAGGUGCUGGGUAUUGAGGCCGUCCGUCGAGCACUUUUGAACGAAAUCCGGCAGGUGAUUUCUUUCGAUGGUGCGUACGUGAACUACCGGCAUUUGGCUUGUCUGUGUGACGUCAUGACCUUUCGCGGUCACCUUAUGGCUAUUACUCGUCACGGAAUUAACCGCGAUGACUCUGGUCCGCUUGUCCGGUGCUCGUUUGAGGAGACUGUGGAGAUUCUUAUGGACGCAGCAAUGUUUUCCGAGGGAGAUCCGUUGACAGGAGUAUCGGAAAAUGUGAUGCUUGGACAGUUGGCUCCUCUUGGUACGGGUAUAAUGGAUUUGGUGCUUGAUGCGAAGAAACUUGCGAAUGCGAUUGAGUACGAGGCAUCAGAGAUUCAGCAGGUGAUGCAAGGUCUUGACAAUGAAUGGAGAAGCCCUGACCAGAGUUUGGGCACACCAAUGGCGACUCCGUUCGCAUCAACACCCGGUUUUUCUGCAUCGUCGCCAUUCAGUCCCGGUGGCGGGUCUUUUUCGCCGGUGGCUGGCGCUUUCUCGCCCAUGGCAAGUCCAGCUUCUCCUGGCUUUAUGGCGGCCUCACCUGCGCACAGCCCUGCGUCCCCGUUAAACCCGACAUCGCCUGCGUACAGCCCGAUGUCUCCAGCUUAUAGCCCAACGUCUCCUGCUUACAGCCCGACGUCUCCGGCUUACAGUCCAACAUCCCCUGCCUACAGCUCAACUUCUCCUGCGUACUCGCCUACGUCUCCGGCUUACAGCCCGACAUCUCCCGCGUAUUCGCCAACGUCGCCAGCUUACAGCCCAACGUCGCCAGCAUACUCACCGACGUCACCUGCGUACAGCCCGACAUCCCCGGCAUACAGUCCGACUUCUCCAGCAUACAGUCCGACGUCUCCAGCGUACAGUCCGACGUCUCCAGCGUACUCACCGACGUCUCCAGCGUACUCACCGACGUCUCCAGCUUACAGUCCGACGUCUCCAGCUUACAGUCCGACGUCUCCAGCUUACAGUCCGACGUCUCCAGCUUACAGUCCUACGUCGCCUGCUUACAGUCCAACUUCGCCUGCGUAUAGCCCGACCUCGCCUGCUUACAGUCCAACGUCACCUGCUUACAGCCCCACUUCUCCUGCAUACAGUCCGACCAGCCCGGCUUACAGCCCCACCUCUCCUGCCUGUACGUCCGCGUAUUCACCGACGUCCCCGGCGUAUAGUCCGACGUCACCUGCCUACUCACCGACGUCGCCCGCGUACUCGCCGACGUCACCUGCCUACUCGCCGACGUCGCCCGCGUAUUCGCCGACUUCGCCGGCAUACAGCCCAACAUCUCCUGCUUACUCGCCGACAUCUCCGGCGUACAGCCCGACAUCGCCUAGCUACUGUCCAGCGUCACCAGAAUACAACCCAACGGAGGAAUAUAAUUCGACUGCAAGCGGCUACAGUCCGACCGAUGGGAAUGAAAAUGAUAAAUCUGAUGGGAAAUGA